GUGGCGCGCGUGCGCAGGCGGCUGAGGCGGGCGGUGAAGCGGCGGCGGCGGCGAUGGAGCCGGGAUACGGCGGAUAUGGCACCUGGAGCACCGGGGCCGCCGGCGCCCAGGCUUCCUACGGCACGAACACGAGCAGUUGGCAAGGCUACGAGGGUUAUGAGUUCUACCCCGGGCAGAGCUCGGCGCCCGCCGGAGCCUCCUACGGAUCCUGGGAUCCCCCCAAAGCAUCGGAUCUGGGGCUGGGAUCCGGCGAGGGAUCGGCCGGAGCCGCCUUUGGAUCGGGAUCUGGAGCCGCCUUUGGGUCGGGAUCCGCUGGAUCCACCUUUGGAUCGGGAUCUGGGACAGCCUUCGGAUCGGGAUCCGCUGGAUCCGCCUUUGGAUCGGGGUCUGGAGCCGCCUUUGGGUCGGGAUCCGCCGGAUCCGCCUUUGGAUCGGGAUCUGGAGCCGCCUUUGGGUCGGGAUCCACCUUUGGAUCGGGAUCCGGGACCUCCUUUGGAUCGGGAUCCGCGUUCGGCUCAGGAUCCGGAGCUGCCUUUGGGUCGGGAUCUGCUGGAUCCGCCUUCGGGUCGGGAUCCACCUUCGGAUCGGGAUCCGGGACCUCCUUCGGGUCGGGAUCCGCCUUCGGAUCGGGAUCGGGGACCGCCUUUGGAGGAGGAUCUGCGGGAUCCGCUUACGGAUCAGGAUCGGGAACCGCUUUUGGAUCGGGAUCCGGGACCGCCUUUGGCUCGGGAUCUGCGGGAUCCACCUUCGGAUCGGGAUCAGGAACCGGGUUUGGAUCAGGAUCGGGAACCGCUUUUGGAUCAGGAUCAGGAACAAGUUUCGGAUCGGGAUCCGGGACCGGUUUUGGAUCGGGAUCCACUUUUGGAUCGGGAUCCACCUUCGGCUCGGGAUCCGGCGGCUCCUCGGGCGCGGCGGAUCCGGCGGGAUCCAGCGCCGACUCGCUGAUCGCCAAGAUCAACCAGCGCCUGGACCUGCUGGCCAAGGAGGGCAGCGCCGGCGACGGCCCCGAGCAGCAGCACAGCUCCUUCCGCUUCUCCUCCUUCUCCUCGUUCCCGCCCCGCGCUGACUCCCGGGGCGCUCCGUUCCGCGCGGCCGCUCCCGGUGCCGCUCCCGGCGCCGCUCCCGGUGCCGCUCCCGUUCCCGACGCCGCUCCCGGAGCCUCCCGCGGUCCCGGAGCCGCUCCCGGUGCCGGUGCCGGUCCCGGUGCCGCCCGCCGGGGCCCGUCCCGGGGCCGCCGCCUCCCGGAGCCGUUCCCGGGCGGUUCCCGGUGGGCCGAGCCCUUCCCGGUGCCCGGGAGCCGCCGCGGGCUGCCCUCGCUCUUCUCCCAGGCGCUGGAAUAUCGCGAUUAUCCCGAUUAUCCCGCCGAUUAUCCCGGUGAUUACCCCGGUGAUUAUCCCGGCGAUUACCCCGCUGAUUAUCCUGAUUAUCCCGCUGAUUAUCCCAGCGAUUAUCCCGGCGAUUAUCCCGAUUAUCCCGGCGAUUAUCCCGAUUAUCCCGGCGAUCUGGGAAUGCCGGGAAUGAGCCGCGGCCCCUUCGGCAUCAGGAGGAAGGAGAGGAUGGGAGCCCUGCCCUGGAACGGGCUGUACCCGGGCCGUCGCCGGGGGCUCCGCGCUCGUCCCGGGGGUCGUUGGGACCCCGAAGGGCCUCGGAAACGCAAACGGGACGGGAACGACACCGGGAACACCGGGAAUAACACCGGGAACAACACCGGGAAUGACACCGGGAAUACCGGGAAUAACGACGGGAAUAACGACACCACCGGGAAUAACGACACCGGGAAUACCGACACCACCGGGAAUAACGACGAUCCCAAACACCCGCGCAGCGACAGCGACUCCGAGCACGGAGACGAAGGAGAAGGAGAUGAGAAAUCCCUGGAUGAGGCAGACAAAGGAUCCUCGGAGGAGGAUGAGGAGGUGAGGAAGAAACGGGAGAAGCAGCGGAGGAGGGACCGGAUGAGGGACAGGGCCAUGGACAGGAUCCAGUUCGCCUGCUCCGUCUGCAAAUUCCGGAGUCUGGAGGAGGAGGAGAUCCAGCGGCACCUGGAGAGCAAAUUCCACCGGGACACGCUGCGCUACAUCGGCACCAAACUCCCGGAUAAAACCGUCCAGUUCCUGCAGGAGUACAUCGUGAACAGGAACCGGAAGAUCGAGCGGCGCCGGCAGGAGAUGCCGGAGAGGGACGGGAGCAGAGCGCGGCCGGAUCCCUUCCGGGGGAUCGGGCAGGAGCACUUUUUCAAGCGGAUCGAGGCGGCGCACUGCCUGGCCUGCGACAUGCUGAUCCCGGCCCAGGGAGCGCUGCUGCAGCGGCACCUGCGCUCCGCCGAGCACAACCGCAGCCGCAGGCUGGCGGCGGAGCAGUUCAAGAAGACGAGUCUGCACGUGGCCAAGAGCGUCCUGAACAACAAACACAUCGUCAGGAUGCUGGAGAGAUACCUGCAGGGCGAGGAUCCCUUCACGGAGGAGCCUCCGGAGGAAUCCCGGGAAAACCCCGAAUCCACGGAAACGCCGGAAAAAAUCCCGGAAAAAGGCGAAAUUCCCGAAAAUUCCCCAAAUUCCCAAAAAUUCCUGGAGCCCCCCAGACCCCUCCUGGUGCCGCCGUUCCUGGAGGAGCCGGAAAAUCCCGAAAAUCCCGAAAUUCCCGAAAAUCCCGAAAAUCCCCCGGAAAAUCCCACGGAAAAUCCGACGGAAAAAUCGCAGGAAUUGGGGAUUUCCACCCAAAACCAAACUGAGGGAGGGGAGGGGGAAGAGGAGGAAAAAAUUCCGGAAAAAAAUCCCGAAAAAAUCCCGGAAAAGGAGGAAAAAAUCCCGGAAAAAAUGGUGGAAAAAGAGGAAAAAAUCAAAAUUCAGAGGCUCCACCUUGUGAUUUUUAUCCUGAUUUUUCCUACAGAAUUCCCCAAAAAAAAAUUCCAGAAAUUCUUUGGGAUUCGGAGUCGGGAUUUUUGA